GCUCGCUCUGGACAACGCUAUGGCUGAGCCUGGGCGCAGCCUCCAUCCCUCUCCCCGAGGCAGGGGAAGAACUGAGCGGCGCACACUCCGGCUUCUGCGGCUGCUGCUCUGGGUUGGGACCGCCUUCCAGGUGACCCAGGGAGCGGGACCGGAGCUUCACGCCUGUAAAGAGUCUGAGUACCACUAUGAAUACACCGCGUGUGACAGCACAGGCUCCAGGUGGAGGGUCGCCGUGCCGCACAGCCCAGGCCUGUGCACCAGCCUCCCCGACCCUGUCAAGGGCACCGAGUGCUCCUUUUCUUGCAACGCUGGAGAGUUUCUGGACAUGAAGGACCAGUCGUGUAAGCCGUGCGCCGAGGGCCGCUACUCGCUUGGCACGGGCAUCCGGUUCGACGAGUGGGAUGAGCUGCCCCAUGGCUUUGCCAGCCUCUCAACCAACAUGGAGAUUGACGACAGCACCGCCGAGUCCACCGAGAACUGUACUUUGUCCAAGUGGGUUCCCCUCGGCGACUACAUCUCCUCCAACACAGACGAGUGCACGGCCACGCUGAUGUACGCCGUCAACCUGAAGCAGUCGGGCACUGUCAACUUCGAAUACUACUACCCAGACUCCAGCAUCAUCUUUGAGUUUUUUGUUCAGAAUGACCAGUGCCAGCCCAAUGCAGAUGACUCCAGGUGGAUGAAGACCACAGAGAAAGGAUGGGAAUUCCACAGCGUCGAGCUAAAUCGAGGCAAUAAUGUCCUCUAUUGGAGAACCACGGCCUUCUCAGUGUGGUCCAAAGUCUCCAAGCCUGUGCUGGUGAGAAACAUUGCCAUAACAGGGGUGGCCUACACGUCAGAAUGUUUCCCCUGCAAACCCGGCACGUACGCAGACAAGCAGGGCUCCUCUUUUUGCAAACUUUGUCCAGCCAACUCUUAUUCAAAUAAGGGAGAAACUUCUUGCCAUCAGUGCGACCCUGACAAAUACUCAGAAAAAGGAUCCUCUUCCUGCAAAGUACGCCCAGCCUGCACAGACAAAGACUACUUCUACACACACACAGCCUGUGAUGCCAAUGGAGAGACGCAGCUCAUGUACAAAUGGGCCCAGCCGAAAAUCUGCGGUGAGGAUCUCGAGGGGGCAGUGAAGCUGCCAGCCUCUGGCGUGAAGACCCGCUGCCCACCCUGCAACCCAGGCUUCUUCAAAACCAGCAACAGCACAUGCGAGCCCUGCCCUUAUGGCUCGUACUCCAACGGUUCUGAUUGUAGCCACUGCCCAGCUGGGACCGAACCUGUCGUGGGAUUUGAAUACAAAUGGUGGAACACGCUGCCUACGAACAUGGAAACGACCGUUCUCAGUGGGAUCAACUUUGAGUACAAGGGCAUGACAGGCUGGGAGGUGGCUGGUGAUCACAUUUACACAGCAGUCGGAGCCUCAGACAACGACUUCAUGAUUCUCACUCUGGUUGUGCCAGGAUUUAGACCUCCACAGGCAGUGAUGGCGGACACGGAGAAUAAAGAGGUGGCCAGGAUCACAUUUGUCUUCGAGACCAUCUGUUCUGUGAAUUGUGAACUCUACUUCAUGGUGGGAGUGAAUUCUAGGACCAACACUCCAGUGGAGACGUGGAAAGGUUCCAAAGGCAAGCAGUCCUAUACCUACAUCAUUGAGGAGAACGCUACCAUGAGCUUCACCUGGGCCUUCCAGAGGACCACUUUUCAUGAGAUAGGCAGAAAGUACACCAGUGAUGUCGCGAAGAUCUACUCCAUCAAUAUCACCAAUGUCAUGGAUGGGGUGGCCUCCUACUGCCGUCCCUGUGCCCUGGAAGCCUCUGACAUGGGCUCCUCCUGCACCUCUUGUCCUGCUGGCUACUACAUUGAUCGGGAUUCAGGAACCUGCCACUCCUGCCCCCCUGACACAAUCCUGAAAGCCCACCAGCCCUAUGGAGUCCAGGCUUGCAAGCCCUGUGGUCCAGGGACCAAGAGCAACAAGAUCCAUUCUCUGUGCUACAACGAUUGCACCUUCUCGAUCAGCACUCCGAGCAGGACUUUCAACUACAACUUCUUGGCUCUGGCAGACACCAUCUCUCUGGCCGGAGGGCCAAGCUUCACUUCCAAAGGGCUGAAAUAUUUCCAUCACUUUACCCUCAGUCUCUGUGGAAACGAGGGUAAGAAAAUGUCCGUUUGCACUGACAAUGUCACUGACCUCCGGAUUCCUGAGGGUGAGUCAGGUUUCUCCAAAUCCAUCACAGCCUACGUCUGCCAGGCGGUCAUCAUUCCCCCAGAGGUGACAGGCUAUAAGGCUGGAGUGUCCUCACAGCCUGUCAGCCUUGCUGAUCGACUUAUCGGGGUGACAACAGAUAUGACUCUGGAUGGAAUCACCUCCCGAGCUGAACUUUUCCACCCGGAGUCCUUGGGAAUACCGGAUGUAAUCUUCUUUUACAGAUCCAAUGAUGUGACUCAGUCCUGCACUUCUGGGAGAUCAACCACCAUCCGCGUCAGGUGUAGUCCACUGAAACCUGCCCCUGGAAGUCUGUCACUGCCAAGCACAUGCUCCGAUGGGACCUGCGAUGGCUGUAACUUCCACUUCCUGUGGGAGAGCGUGGCUGCUUGCCCGCUCUGCUCCACCGCCGACUACCAUGCUAUCAUCAGCAGCUGUGUGGCUGGGAUCCAGAAGACUACUUAUGUGUGGCGAGAACCAAAGCUAUGCGUGAGUGGCAUCUCCCUACCUGAGCAGAGAGUCACCAUCUGCAAAACGAUAGAUUUCUGGCUGAAAGUGGGCAUCUCUGCAGGCACCUGUACUGCCAUACUGCUCACCGUCUUGACCUGUUACUUUUGGAAAAAGAAUCAAAAACUAGAGUACAAGUACUCCAAGCUGGUGAUGAAUGCUACCCUUAAGGACUGUGACCUGCCAGCAGCCGAUAGCUGUGCCAUCAUGGAAGGCGAGGACGUGGAGGAUGACCUCAUCUUUACCAGCAAGAAGUCACUCUUUGGGAAGAUCAAAUCGUUUACCUCAAAGAGGACUCCUGAUGGAUUUGACUCGGUGCCACUGAAGACAUCCUCAGGAGGUCCAGACAUGGACCUGUGAGAGGCACUGACCUGCCUCCCCUGCCUCCUCACCUUGGCACAUCACCUUGCAAGCCUGUGGCGAUUUGGGUGGAGCUUCCUGCAACACCCACUGCUGAAAAUCUCUUCAUUGUGGCCUUAUCAGAAGAAGUUUGAAUUUCAGAUCUUUGUUUUUUUUUUUUUAUAAAGUACCCGAACUUUCCUUUCUGCUUGCCUCGAACCUACCAAAUAUACCCAUACUUUGUUUGUAUAUUACUCCCUUGCUUGCAUCUUGUUUCCCAAAUUGGUCAAGUCGCCGGAGCCACAGCUUCAUCUGCUCAUAAUUCUUAUAGCUCUGAAACGAAAAGACUUCUCUCUUCUUAAGUAUAGAAACGACAUCCUCUGACAGCUUAUUUAAGGGUGGAAGCAACUAGGAGUUUCCCUGAUCAUAUGCCCUUGGCUCACGAUCUUUUUUAGGAGGUAGGCUGGGUAAGGAGGGUACUGGGAUGCCUUGAUAGACCAUCUUCAUGGUUGCCUGGAUUCAUCUCUCCUGGAUAACCAGCUCAAACUGAGUGUAAUGGAUAGGCCGAGGGCCAGAUGAGUAAGGCCUGGGCAAGAAAAGGCUUGAUAAGCACAAAGACAGACAAUAAGGAAGGUUUUGUUUUAGUCUUUAAACUAGGUACUUCGAUUCCCUUUUCUUAAGUAAGUGAUAAAUAUUCUCAUUGGAGCCAAAGUAAAAAGUUCAUUAAGAAAAUGCCUGAAGGCCAGGUGUAUCUACUUUUUCUAUUCUUUUUUAAAUCUCUCACUAUCUCCCUAUAACACUAAAGAAUCAUGUAAGCACCAAACCCAGGUGGUCUAGAUUAUGUCUGUACCCACAGAGAUGACAAACCCUACCGUUGAGGAAAAUUCCCCAUACUUGAGUGCCCCGUCUCAAGAGGCUUGGGCUGUGUCAUGAAACAGGGGUACCAUAUUUUACAAGAAUACAAGGAGACCAAGGUUUUAAUGGGGCCAUACUGGGGGAUCCAGCCCACAAUGGGAUGGACCUGAGGUAGACAUGUCUGCUUCUAAGCUUUUAGUCUGCUCAGCCACAGAAUAAACAACUUCUAGGCUGGCCAAGAAAGGAAGUGACUUCCAGGCCCAUACCCCAGCAGCAGAACCAGAUCAAUCUUCAAGGAAGACCAGAGGAGUUAAACAAGGUGUUCACCAAAUUGGGACACUUCGCACUUUCAAGCCCCUGUCCUUCCCUUUUCCCU